AUGCCACGAGGACAGAAGAGUAAGCAUCGCUCUCGUGCCAAGCGUCAACUGGCUCGUAUUGAGAGACAGAUUCUUGAGAAUGCACAGUACAUUGCAGAGGAGGCAGAGUCCCCACCCUCCCUUCCUACUGUUGGUGAGGGUGCUCCCUUAAGCUCCCCUUCUGUCUGUAAUCCCCAGGAGUCUCAGGGAGAAAUAUCCUAUGAAUCUUUUGAUGCAGGGGCUUGCUGCAGUGGUUUUAAUGUGGGUGCAGAGGGUAUUGAUAAAGGUGCAGAUGAGGAAAGUCCCAUGACGUCUCAGGAAGUCUGCCCCACUCAGAUCCUAUGUAGAGACUCUUUUGAUUGGAAAACAAAUAGAUUGAUGCAGUACAUGCUAGAGAAGUUUAAAAAGAAUGAGCGGUUUACACAGGCAGAGAUGCAAAAGGUCAUGAAAGGCAAGUUGAAACAGAACUUACCUGAGAUCUUUAAGAAAGCAUCUGAGCACUUGGAGUUGAUUUUUGGCAUUGAGGUGAGAGAAAUAAAUCCCAAUAGUGAAACCUAUACCCUGAUCAAUAAGUUACGCCUCUCCAGUGACAGCAGUCUGAGUGGCAGAUGCAAAUUUCCCAAAACAGGCCUGGUGAUGAUACUCCUUGGUGUGAUCUUUAUGAGGGGCAAUAGUGCCAGUGAGGAAGAAAUCUGGGAAUUCCUUAAUUCCCUGGGGAUAUAUGCUGGGAGGAAGCAUUUAAUUUUUGGGGAGCCUCGAAAGCUCAUCACCAAAGAUUUGGUGCGGGAUGGGUACCUGGAAUACUACCGGGUACCUGGCAGUAAUCCUCCCCGCUAUGAGUAUAUUUGGGGUUUCAGAGCCUAUGUUGAAACUACCAAGAUGAAAGUUUUGGAGGUCUUGGCCAAGAUCACUGAUAGUGAACCUAGUUCUUUCCCUAGCCUGUAUGAGCAAGCUUUGAGAGAAGAGGAAGAAAGAAAAGAGAGAGCUGAAGCUGAAAAUAGCACUGAUGGGCAGGCCAGGGUUCCUUCCCAUGCUAGGUCCCACGCAUCCUCCCACAUUUAG